GGGUACUUGUCAAUGCUUGGUUGUAACAUCUGUCUACUAAUAAUAUCAUCCUUUUAUUUGAGUCAGCAACUGCUCUCAAGUCUCAACAAGUAUCGACCCGUUCAUCUUUCACAGAUUUUAGGAAAGAUGAAGAAAGGGGAUUAUUUGAGGAUGAAAACAGAGGAUGAAAUAUCAACUGAUCAGAUCAGUACAGACUUUAAUGAGAUAGCUAAUGCUGCUAAGAAACUUGCUUCUGAUGCUAUCAAGCUUGGGGGUUUGGGAUUCGGUACCACUUUUCUUCAAUGGGUUUCUUCUUUUUCUGCCAUUUAUUUGUUGGUUUUGGAUCGUACAAACUGGAAGACAAAUAUCCUCACAGGACUCUUAGUGCCUUACAUUUUCUUCAGUCUUCCUGGGGUGUUGUUCCACCUUUUGAGGGGGCAAGUUGGAAUGUGGAUUGCUUUCGUUGCGGUCAUUUUGCGCCUUUUCUUUCCACAGCGCUUCCCUGAUUGGCUGGAACUACCAGGUGCAAUCAUUCUCAUCAUAGUGGUGGCUCCAAAUUUGUUCGCCUAUACUAUUCGUGGCGAUUGGCUCGGUGCAGCAAUAUGUUUAGUGAUAGGGUGUUACUUGCUGCAAGAACAUAUCCGAGCCUCAGGUGGAUUUAGGAACUCCUUCACAAGGGCUAAUGGCGUAUCAAACUCUGCAGGCAUAAUCCUUCUAUUGAUCUAUCCAGUUUGGUUCCUGAUAACUGACUUCAUCUAGAAGUCUAAGCUGCUUCUCAUCCGUGGUGACUUGUAUAUUUGUUGGCUGCGUUUACGAAUAGUUCAUGGUGUAUUCUAUAUCAUCCAUCACAUCGAACAAAAUUUUUGUGCCGGGCAUGCAUUCAUUUGUGUGGUUUGAAUUCGUCAAAUAAAUAUGUGGAUUCUUAAGACUGUAAUGUUUCAUGAAAUCAAAUCGUAUCUAUCGGUUUUUAGUGUCA